GCAAGCAUCAUGAUCGCCAAUCAAGCGGCGGCACGGCCUUGGCUGGGGUCUCUUGAGGGGUGAACGAUUCCAACCGAGUUAGCCUUUUGUGAUUGCACCCAUGGUGCAUGGUCCAUGUGCAGGAUCAAGAGGCGGAUUUACGAGUGUGGUACAGAGAGUAUAUGUAAAGUGGCGUUCUCUCACCAAGUCUUUCGAGAUUUGAGACUUGAUGGUAGUGGUCCUGCUCGUUCAUACCCCAUGUUUCCACUCUUACCCCGAGGCGUCCAGACACUCUCGAAGACACAUAUCUAGCACGGUCGAAGGUUUCCUUGCUCGCAGUUUGUUGUCUUUGCCAACUGAUCUCUUGGCUUGCGGGAGGGGCAUAGGACCUUUGGGCUUAUCGCUUGGCACCGACCUCGAUAGGCACGGUGCACGGCGCGCCUCAAAAGGACAAUGCGUUCCCUUUCACUUGCUCUCAGCCUUCUCCUCCCCACGCUCUCAAGGGCUUUGCUUGUGGUCCCGUCCUCUCCACAGUGUGCAGCACAAUGCGGCAAUGUUCUCUCUAGCACGAGCGGCGCGGAAAUCACCUGCGAUGAUGCGGACUACGGGUCUGCUACGUACGGUGCAACAUUCCAGUCCUGUCUAAGUUGCGAAUUAAGCAGCACUUAUUUCGAUCCCAAGACAAACCAGUCGGAUUUGCAAGCAGCUCUGUAUAAUUUUCGAUAUGCACUGGCGUGGUGCUUAUUCGGUUUUGACAACAAUACUGCUAUUAGCGAUACUCCUUGUCUAACGAGCUUUUCCUGUGCUCCGCUGCAAGUUUCAUUUGAGACUGAUGGGCUCAAUACGAGCGCCAGUCCCUACUCAUACUGCCCAACUUACAAUGGCAUAUCGGAACCCAAAUGCUCUGCUUGCCUAUCGGAGACAGGCCAUAAUAGCUACCUUUCCAAUUUCGUGACCAUCCUGGAGGCAGCUUGUAUCCAAGAGCCCGCUCUAGGGACUACCCUCUCCAUCCAAGGCAGCCCCUUCUCCACUAUUCCAGUCAAUAUCACAACACCCUCGCCGUCCUCUCUCCCCUACGAUAACGGCUUCUCCAAUGGCCUCUCGCUCGGAGCCAAGAUCGGCAUCUCCGUCGGUGCCAUCAUCUUCGUCCUCGUAACCUCAGGAUGCUGCAUCAUCUGGAACGGCAAGCGUCGGCGCCGUCGUUACCUGGCCGAGAAGGCCCGCCUCAGCGGCUACGAGUGGAAGCCUCAACAGGGCAACAUGUCGAGCAUCAGCGGCGGCUCCGGCGGCUUCUUCGACAGCCCGCAGAGCCAGCGCCCCUUCGCCACAGCCUGGGGAUACCCGACGUCUCCUGAGACGGCGCAGCGCGAGAAAUUUAACUUCAGUCCGUACCAGAGCCAGCACGCGAGUCCGAGCACGCCGAUCGUGGGACCUAGCAGAGCGCACGAGUGGCCGCGCGAUAGGAAACCGCCGCUCUCGCCCGAGGAGGAGAGCCCCGAGAUAAUCGAGAUGGUGGUCGGUGUUGGCGGUGGCGGCGGUGGCGGCGGCGGCGAUGCGAAGGGCUGGAUAGCUAAUCCCGCACCUCUGUUACACCACCCAGGUGAUGGGAGGUCUAACCUCACGGCAGAAGACGUGAAGUCGGGACGUGCGGUGUAG